GCUAUCAAUUCGCACGAUUACGCUCCAAAUCACGUGAAUCAUCACAGUAUUUAUUUGCUUUGUUUUUGUUGCUGCUUUUUCUUGUUUGGUCGUUGGCGCCCCACUCCCCCGCAGGGUGAAAAUUUUCAGCAAGCUCGGCUCAGCAUCUAUUACGUCUUUCGCUGCAGAUUAAAUGUAAUCCCAUUAAACAUGGAUCUAGUGGAUAUAGAUCAGGUCUUGGAUAAUUUGGAACUUCGCGUUGCCGAAGAUGAGAAACAAAGCAGGAACGCUGCCGCAGCAGCAGCUGCACUCGCUGCUGCGCCGAGUGUGGGCGCAGAAACCCGACCCCUGGGCGAUGGCGCCAGCAGCAGCGCUGGCUGCAGCAAUGUUAGCAAUGGUGUGCCCAAAAGUUUUGUAGGCGUCUCGCACGUAUUUAACAGCCUGGACGACUAUCGCAAGGAUGUGAAGAGCCUGGAAACGGUGACAAAUCAGAAUUACAACUGGCAGUUGAGUGAGGCUGGAAAUAUUAUUGAUGGUGCCAAUGAUGAGGAUGAAGCUGAUGCAAAGGACGACGACGAUGCCCUCAACCAGGAGGACAUAAACAAGUACAGCGAAGCAUUGGAAAAACAACCAAAACUGCAACUCACCCAGGAUGGCGAAGCAAUUGUCUCAUCUUCGGAAUCGCUGACGACAUCAUCCUGCUCGACGUUCUCGUCGGGACCGUCGCCCGGCAACUCUGAGGAGUUGACGACACCGCCCCAAAGCGAAAAACCCAGCGCCCUUGAGGUGCUGCCUAAUGUUGCAGGCGCCAAAAACGAGCCCAGAGCAGUCGAGGAUUUGGCCAUUGGCCUGUCCUCAAUAUCCAUUACUAACACCUCCGAGUCGCAGUCCAUUUUGCCAUGCGAAGUGACUGCCUCCUCUGCAUUAGGCAAGGUGCUUAAUGAGCUCUCAGCUGUGACAGAAACAGAACUAAAUACCCAAAGCCAAUUACAACAGGGCAAAGGAUUGGCAGAUACUAUGCCGUUGGAUCCAACUGUGAACGCAAAACCACAAAAACAGCAACAAGAAGUUCCACCAAAGCGCAGCCAGCCCAUUACCUUUUGCUCGACGAUGGACGAAAUAUCGGACACUGAGCUGGACAGCAUGUUGCAAGAGAUAGAUAUCGAUGAUGCUCAAGAAGAGUUGGUCCCUAGACGUGGACCGCACGAAAUGAUUGACGAUGAUGAUGAUGGAGAUUCAACCUCGCCGGCUACUGAGGAGGAGUCGGUGCGCAUUCUUUCCGAGCAAGAAACCGCAUCUGCCGAGCAGAUGAAUGUCGACAACUUCUCACAAGCAUCGACUGUGGAGUUUGCAGAUUUGCGCGCUCAAGAAUCAACACCGGUAACAGUCAUGGGCGAGGAUAUCGCAUCGUCUUUUAGCAGCACCGAAUCCUCGCUCUCGGGUCGGAAACUAGAAGAUGACGAGGGUGAUGAAAUUCUAGCCACCGAUGCACUCGAAACGCAGGAACAACGCCCAGAGCGACCCACAACUCUCGAUCUGAACAGCUGCAAUACACAAAUGUAUGUCAAUGCCGGACAGACGCCACCGGGGGAAACGAUUCAAUCAAGCGAUGAGACGGUCCCACCUGUUGAGGAUGUGGAACCCAACUCACAUGAGUAUCAGGAACAAGCUACUGCAUCCGCUAAUACGAAUGAUAGUCCUAUCUAUGAGGCCGUCGGCUACAGCGAUCCGUUUGCCAAUCUCGGCAAAGUUCCCCCUAUCUGGGUGCCCGACAAUAUGGCUACCGGCUGCAUGCAGUGUCAGCAGAAGUUCACUAUGAUUAAGCGACGACAUCAUUGCCGUGCUUGCGGCAAGGUGCUCUGCUCCGUCUGCUGCUCGCAGCGUUUCCGCCUGGAAUUCGCCAACGAGCCGGAGUCGCGUGUGUGCGUCCAAUGCUACAUGAUCCUCUGUGAGCGUCAGGAUGCGCAGCAAGUUGAUAGCAGCGGCAGCGGCGGUGGAGGAGGCGAUGAGAGCUCCGAAAAUGCUGACGCGCUGCCACCAACACCAAUGCGUUCGCCAAAUCCAAACAAUCCGAUGGAGUACUGCUCGACAAUACCGCCGCACCGGCAGGUAAAUGCAACCCCGGGCGCUCCGCCACCCAGCGUAAUUGUGCCCGUCGGCGUGCUGAAGAAGAACAACGACAGCUCAUCCAACUCGUCAAACUCCAGUGGCAAGAAGGCGCGCAAGCGAAAGAGCGUCAUGUUCAGUGAUGGCAUUGCGCCCGGCAGCGAAUUGGCCGGCGCCAUGGAGCAGCAGUGGAGCGAGGCAAAGCAGGCACGACGUGGUCAUCAUAGCGAUCGUACAAAUCGAUCCAGUGCCAACAACAAGCCGCCCACACCAGGCACCAACGAACCGCGCAGUAUUGACACCACCACAAUGGGUCUAAUGGCGUCCCUAUUUCGUGGCUCCAUACCGCCAACUGCUGCUGUCGCAACCCUAGCAGCUGCUGAAGCCGGCCACACUAAUGCAAACGCCGAAUCUCGCGUUGCAUCGCAGAAUUCGCCACGUCGCAAGGCAGAGCCAACGCGCAAUCGAAAGCUGCCCAAUGGCGAUGCCCAAGGUUGUUUCAUUCCGUAUGAUGAGCACGGGCUACCGCCCAUUUGUUUGCCCAGCCGCGAGGCUACUAACUGUGAUUUCGAGUACAAGGAUGUGCGCAACGAUGCGGAACUACUGGACCGUCUGCAACGUGAAACAUUAAAGUUUAUAGUCAAGAACAAUUUCUUUGUCCUGGUCAAGAUAAUCAAUUUGAGCUGCUGCAUGAACUGCUGGGUCCUUAACUUUACCACCUCGGGCAUGCAUCAUGUGGGCAACGAUGAGGUCAUUAUUUUACUGGAAAUUAAAAUUCCGCAGAAGGGUGAAACUCUGAAAGAGCCGCCCGUGCCGCGGGACAUCUUUCAGCAUCUUUACGAGCUGUACACGGAAGCGGAACAUGCGCGUGCCACCGUCGAGCUGGACUUCUCUAGUCCACGCAAUGCCAAUUUUUUGGGCUCACGCGAACAUGGUGGCUUCAUUUUUAUUCGGCCCACCUAUCAAUGUCUGCAGGGCGUUAUUGUGCCGGAGAGUCCGUAUCUGGUGGCUGUGCUUAUACAUCGGCAUGAGGUGCCGUGGGCCAAGGUUCUGCCGCUCCGUCUAAUACUACGUCUGGGCGCACAAUAUCGCUAUUAUCCGUGUCCGUUGAUCUCGGUGCGUAAUCGCGAGUCAGUGUAUGCUGAGAUCGCGCAAACCAUUAUCAAUUUUUUGGCCGAUUUUCGCAAUUACUCCUAUACAUUGCCCGCCGUUCGGGGCCUCUACAUACACAUGGAGGAUCGCCAGACAACAAUCGUAAUACCGCGUUAUCGCCACAGUGACGUCAUCAAGGGCAUUGACAAUGCCAGCGAUCACAUCUUGGCCUUUGCCGGCAACUUCUCGAAAGUGGCCGACGGCCACUUGGUGUGCAUGCAGAAUGUGAACGAUGAUAAAGCGGAGAUGUACUCGUAUUCCACGCAGGCCAUCAACAUCCAGGGCCAGCCAAGGAAGGUGACGGGCGCCAGCUUCUUUGUGCUAAACGAGGCGCUCAAAACGAGCAGCGGCCUAACGGGCAAAUGCAGCAUUGUGGAGGAUGGUCUGAUGGUGCAGAUACUGCCCACAAAAAUGGAAGAGGUGCGCAACGCACUGCGAAAUCAAAAUGAUAUUAAUAUCGUUUGCGGCCCCAUUGGCGCCACUGAGGAACAAACUGAAAUUGUCAGCAUCAAGUGGGUGGACAAUGAACGCGAGAUCAAUGUGGGCGUAAAGUCUCCCAUUGAUGACAAGCCCAUGGAUGGUGUGGCCAACAUUCGGGUGCAUGGCACUUUAAACUAUUCCAGUACUAACUAUAUUAUACGUCUGACCGACGUAUUUAUACUCAAGUGUGAUGACUGGUAUGCAACAAAUGCGGAAAACUUCUCGGACAUUGCGCGCAUAUCGGAACAGCUUGCUCGAAGCAGUGCGAUGGCUCUGCUUCCAUUCCUCGACCUGCUGGCAGCUGCAGGAAUAUCAAAAAUUGGCUUACGAGCCACGCUGGAUCAAGAAAAUGUUUGUUACGAGGCGGGUGCUCGGGGCUCCAAGCUGCCGCCACUCUAUAUGAACGCUUUGGACAACCAUUUGAUACCCACAUUACAUGGCGAGUCCUCUGGCGUUGAGGACUCGAUCAUAUUGGAACUGGUUUUCCAUAUACUAAACUCUUAAGUUUCACGCGGCAAUAACAAAUAGGAACCGGUGUACUUUACGUGUAUCGUGUACUCUACGAAGCAGAACACAAGAAUACUUUUACCUUUUAAACCAUUGGUUGAACGCGUUGGACAACCAUUCGAUACCAACAUUACGCGUUGAGGAUUCGAUCGAUCAUUUCGGAACUGGUUUCCCAUACAUAGAGUUCUUAAGUUUCUCGGGGCAAUAGAAAUUGGAACCGCUGUACUUUCCGUAUACCGUGUACUCUACGAAGCCGAACACAACAAUACUUUUACUCUUUAUAACCACGCUCUAGUUAUGUAAGCAACAAAGUGAUGAAGCGAUGUGCUCUCCGAUGCGACGACAGGCCUUGUUUGUUAUCGUUACAUUCUCCUGAACAGUUGCGCAAACAAUUUGCGCUCACAUCGAUGACAGUUAUUGUAUAUAAAUAAGUAGUCCAUGAAGAAUCGGUGUUAUGUUUGUUUAGAACGCCAUACAGUGCGUCUAUUAUAUGAAAUUCGUAUUUAAUUUUCAGUCUUUUCUAAUUUAAUGUGUAAGGACACAGAACAUAAAUGUGUUAGUCAUUAUCGCGUACAAUUUUUCAGUUUAAAUUCCCCAUUUCACUAUAUGUGCAAUUAAACAACAAGAAAAUGUUUUCAAAGUGCUUUUCUAUAUUCUCUGUAUAUUUUUCAAUAUAAAUACGACUAUAUAAAUGUUA